AUGCCUAAAGUAGUUGACAAUACCAAGCAUACAGUUGAGAAAGUAAAAGUCAACAAUAAAAGUAGAAAGGCUAUAAUUGGCAUUAUCUACAUUGCUAUGUUGAUUGAUUACUUGUUGACUACGUGUGUUGGUAAGUAUUAUUAACUUUGUACUAUUGUCUUACUGUAGCAAGUUGUGUUACUGUAGUAAUUCUAUCGUUUUACUAUAAUGAAAGUUACUUUUACAACCUUAAACUCACAUCAGAUUGUAAGAUAAUGUUUAAAUUUAUCUUCAACUUUCAGUACCGAUUGUGCCAGACUUUCUGAUAAAGCUAUGGACAGCUGAUGGCACAUUACAUCUGAAAAGUAAUGGCACUGUUGAUUACUCUGAGAUCAGUAUACCUGUCGGUUUACUGUUUGGAUCAAAGUCUGUAGUCCAAAUCAUUUUCAAUUUUAUCGCUGGGCCGUUGACUAAUCAGUACGUCUUUUACUAUACUUAUGGUUUUGUAUGUCAACAAGUUAUAGUUGUUUUCAUUUAUAAUAUUAACUUUAGAAUAAUAUUUUCAGCAUAGGCUAUUCGGUUGUAAUGUUCUCGGGAUUUGCUUUAAUAGCCGCAUCAACCAUUACAUUUAUGUUGAGUAAGGCUUACUGGAUGUUGUUUGUCGCUCGUUCAGUUCAAGGUAUUGGCUCAGCUUUGACUGUGACUGCAGGUAUAAACCUUUUAAAAAUAUUUACUUUACUUAUAGCAUAUUAAUUGCUUGACCAAUAUCAAAGUAGUGAGUUAAUUGCUUGACCAAUAUCAGAAAUUUUAAAAAUAAUAGUAUGGUACUACUUGGUACCAAAUUUAAGAAUUUAAGUUAUUUUAUAAAAGUUUUAAAUUAGCUGUAAAAAUCUUUAAAAUGCUACUUUUUAGGCCUUGGACUAGCCGCCAAGAUGUACACAGAAGAAUCUGAACGUGGAAGAGCGAUUGGCGCCGUGCUUGGCGGUCUUGCAUUGGGAGGGGUAAUUGGACCAUCAUAUGGUGGGAUUCUCUACGAAUAUGGUGGUAUUAUGCUUCCGCUCGGUAUUUUGGCAGUUUUGGCUAUGAUUGAUGGAUGUAAGUACUGUAACAUAAACAAGUACUGUAACACAAUUGUAAAUUUUUAUAAUUUCAUUUUAUUAGCUUUAAGAUGUUACAGUAAAUCGUAAAUUCUAAAUAUUUAUUUACUUUUUUAACUUUAUUGGUUUUUUGAAAUAUAUUUUGAUUACAGUACUACAAGCAAUAGUACUCCGACCAAAACUAGAGAAAGAAGAAGUCAAAGGAACCAAGAUUGGUACUCUCAUGACAGACCCAUACAUACUAAUAACGUCUGGUGCCAUUUUCAUCAGCAACCUCGGUAUCUCAGUCCUACAACCCACCUUGCCUUUGUGGAUGAUACGACAAUGGAACUCGUCUUCAGCUCAACAAGGCAUGAUCUUCUUUCCAUGUACUUUUGGGUACCUAAUCAACUCUCAGAUCUUUGGUUCAUUAGCUCACAAGUUUGGUCGCUGGCGCAGUUCUAUCGCUGGGCUGGGACUAAUUGCUGCAGCUGGUACUAUAAUACCGUUUUGUCCCAAUAUCUACUUUUUGAUUGUGCCUGUAGCGAUAACUGGGCUGGGUAUUGGAAUUGUGGAUUCUACUAUGUUUCCAAUGUUGGGGACGAUCGUGGACAAACGACAUUCUCAGGCUUAUGGGUCAGUGUUUGGCAUUGGAGACUCGGCUGUUUGUUUGGCUUUCGCUGUUGGACCCUUCUUGGCUGGACCACUGGUUAGGAUUAUUGGGUUUAAGUAGUAAGUAUUGGAGUAUUUUGGAUGGGUUUUAGAAUUGGAACAUUAUUAUUGUUCUACUCGUCAACUUUUUAAGUUUUUGAAAAUUAAAAUUAUUGUACUAUAAUGUUAUUUUAGCACGAUCUGGUGUAUGGCAGCCUCUAACCUUCUCUAUGCUCCAAUUUUGUUUCUACUGCAAAAGAUAGAGACAACAAAGAAGGAAGAGGUCGUAGAGAGACAGACAACCUUUACUAUUGACAACAAAAGAUUCUCCGAGAUUGGGAAUCCGAGUAAUCAAUCUUUGAACUCUUUGUCCUUUAACUAA